UGUAAGGGGUUAAAUCACGUGUGUAGUAAACCUGUUACCUGAGUAGGACAAAGACACCGGGGCCGACAUUCAUUCACUCCAUCCACGCAGUUCCUGCGUCCGCUCUGUUGCACGGUCGCCGUCACAGCGUUGAAAAGAUGCUGCGAGGUGCCGUGUUUUACGGCAGCAUCCUGCCUUUGUACCUUUUCCUCUGCGUUUGUUCUCUGCCGGUACACGACCACAGGACCGCCAAGCAGCUGCAGAGAUGGAGCAACAGUCAUGCCGGUCUGAAGAAGAGGCCAAGUCAUGAACAGGACACACUAAAUGAAGAGUACGAUUUCAAGUCCCCAAACGACACAGAUUUGUGGAAUCGUCCUCGCUGUGGAGUCCCAGAUUAUCCUACCUUAACGCAGCUCAGCAUGACAUACAACAAUGUGAAAAAGAGAAGGGACACCCUGAGUAGACAGCAGCGCAGGAAGCGAUUUGCGCUCUAUGGCAGGCGAUGGGAGAAGACAGACUUAACUUACAAGAUCAUACGUUUUCCCUGGCAGAUGAGUGAGGACAAAGUGCAGAGUGUUUUCCAGAAGGCGUUUGGUGUGUGGGGUGCUGUUACUCCUCUCAGGUUCAGUGAAGUAACCAGUGAGAAUGCUGACAUCAUCAUUGAUUUCAACAGGUACUGGCAUGGGGACAACUUACCAUUCGAUGGUCCAGGAGGAAUCCUUGCUCACGCCUAUUUCCCCCAGACACAGAGAGAGGGAGAAGUCCACUUUGACUAUGAUGAGCACUGGACAGUGGGCAAUAAUGCUGGCACAGACCUCCUCCAAGUGGCAGCUCAUGAGUUUGGCCACGUUUUGGGCCUGCAGCACUCCCUUGAGCCCGAUGCUGUGAUGUGCCCAUUCUAUAGUGACGCUUACCCUCUGCAGCUGAGUGAGGAUGACAAAAGGGGCAUUCAGUAUCUGUACGGAUCCCCUCGGCAUGCGCCACCUGUGAUGACAGAGACCAAUGAGAUUGAGACUGAACUGCCAAAUGCUUGCAAAACAAACUUUGAUGCUGUAUCCAUGAUCAGGGGAGAGCUCUUCUUCUUUAAGUCUCAAUAUAUUUGGCGAAUACGUGAUGGGCAGCUACAAGCUGGCUAUCCAGCUUUAUCAUCACGCCACUGGAAAGGAAUUCCAGAACACAUUGAUGCUGCGUUUGAAGACAAGUCUGGCAACAUCUGGUUCUUCCAAGGUGACAGCUACUGGGUUUUUGAUGCUGAAAGGAAGAUAACAGGGCCAGAUUCAGUGAGACGGCUGGGUCUUCCUGUAACAGACAUUGAAGCAGCUUUGAAGUGGGAAGAGGACCAUACUGAGAAAGUCUACUUCUUCAAGUCGAGUUACUACUGGUCCUUCAAUAUUCAGGAUAAUCGAAUUAAUGACUUACACCCUCGCAGCAUUUACGAGUGGAGGGGAAUGCCCAGCCACAUCGAUGGAGCCUUCUUGGACAGAUAUGGCUAUGCCAAUUUCCUGAGUGGAAUGCACUACUGGAAGUUUGACCCUGUGGCACUGAAGGUACUGGAAGGCUACCCCCGGAGCAUCGGCAUGGAUUUCUUUGGCUGCUCUGCCUCUCUGUCCAAAUAAGUUACAUCUGCAUUACUUUUACAGAUCAUUUUUUCUGUUAAAUUUCCCAUACAAAACACUCAAGAUGUUUUGGCUAUAUUCAAUCUGAUAGAUUUCAUGAAUUUGACUCUAAAGGAAGUGUCUGUAUUUGCCUUUUGCAGAGCCAGAAAUGUUUCUGUCAGUGUCAGAAUACAAUCUGGAGAAAGCUAGUUAAAAUUGUUAGUGUCAGUUCAAUAAAAACUUCAGAUCCAAGCUUAUAUCCCCCCAUCUCAGCUGACUGCAGGCUUCCCCAACCUUAUAAACAGUACGUUUGCAUAAUGACUAAAACUGGCACCAGUGGCUAACAAUGGGCUGUGAGGUCAGUUUCAUGGUCAUUAUCAUGCAAAUUGGCAUGAUGUUUUGGGAAAAUGCAUCUCAGCUGUUCCGAUACUCGUGACACAUAAGGGUUCACUAAGGGUUUUUGCUUAGGCAGCAGUUGUCUGUCUUCUCUCCUGGAUCGGCUGGAGCUUUCUUUAAGCAC